AUUUCUGUGGCGUUCCCAGCACACCAGAUUCCCAGGAACUGUUGGCCCUUGCCUGUCUUCUGCCUGUUCUCCCCAGCCAGGAAGCUUUCUUCAGCUUUUUCGCAGAAAUAACCAGACGUGGGGUGGUAGCGGCUCAGGUGGACCCUUCUCCCAGGGGCUAUGCCUACUCGUGCAGCUCGCCGCGGGCCCUGAGCGUGGCCUGGGCCGCCAGCCUGGGUGGACUUGGGAUCGUCUGGCCGCACGGAGGGGCAUCGAGGCUGGACGAAGUAGAACUAAUCAGGAUGGCCACAUUGCCAGCAUCUGGGCUGCUGUUGAGAGCUUGCUAACUUGCGGGAAGGCCCUGACUGUGGAGUCGGUUGGUGCUACCAGUUUGCUCACUUGAACCCAGUGCCAGAAGUAGCCUGUCACCUCUCGAAAUUGCUGGCCAGAUGAGCUGACAGGGAGAAAGCAGCUCUUGGACUUGAAUUUGCAGACUAGCCGUCCACCUGAGGACCAGGCAGGAGAGGAGGGGUGCUCGGCCUACGUGACACCUUGUUCUGGUGAGCGCCGUGGGCUAUGGGAUGGAUGAGGUGGAGCAGGACCAGCAUGAGGCCCGACUCAAGGAGCUGUUUGACAGUUUUGACACCACAGGCACUGGGUCCUUGGGACAGGAGGAGCUCACCGAGCUGUGCCACAUGCUGAGCUUGGAGGAGGUGGCCCCGGUGCUGCAGCAGACACUGCUUCAGGACAAUCUCCUGGGCAGGGUGCAUUUUGACCAAUUUAAAGAAGCAUUAAUACUUAUCUUAUCUAGAACUCUGUCCAAUGAAGAGCACUUUCAGGAACCAGCAUCUGUGGGUGUCAGCUGCCAACGAGGGGCUCGAAUGUCUGUACCACUCCUGAAUACCCACAAGCUGACACACUCUCUUCUGAUAAAAGACUGCUCACCAGAAGCUCAGCCCAAGUAUGUCAGAGGCGGGAAGCGUUACGGACGAAGGUCCUUGCCUGAGUUUCAAGAAUCUGUGGAGGAGUUUGCAGAGGUGACAGUGAUCGAGCCCCUAGAUGAAGAAGCACGGCCCUCACAUGUCCCAGCUGGCGACUGCAGUGAGCACUGGAAGACGCAACACAGCGAGGAGUAUGAAGCAGAAGGUCAGUUAAGGUUUUGGAACCCAGACGACUUGAAUGCCUCGCAGGGUGGGUCCUGCCCUCCCCAAGACUGGAUAGAAGAGAAACUGCAAGAGGUUUGUGAAGAUCUGGGGAUCACUCGCGAUGGUCACCUGAACCGGAAGAAGCUAGUCUCCAUCUGCGAGCAGUACGGUUUGCAGAAUGUCGAUGGAGAGAUGCUUGAGGAAGUAUUUCACAAUCUUGAUCCUGAUGGAACAAUGAGUGUAGAGGAUUUUUUCUAUGGUUUGUUUAAAAAUGGGAAAUCCCUUACACCUUCAGCAUCUACUCCUUACAGACAACUGAAGAGGCACCUCUCCAUGCAGUCUUUUGAUGAAAGUGGACGCCGUACGACGACCUCAUCAGUGAUGACAAGCACCAUUGGCUUCCGGGUCUUCUCCUGCCUGGAUGAUGGGAUGGGCCAUGCAUCUGUGGAGAGAAUCCUUGAUACUUGGCAAGAAGAGGGCAUUGAGAACAGCCAGGAAAUCCUAAAGGCCUUGGAUUUCAGCCUUGAUGGAAAUGUCAACUUGACAGAAUUGACUCUGGCUCUUGAAAAUGAACUUUUGGUCACCAAGAAUGGUAUUCACCAGGCGGCUCUCGCCAGCUUUAAGGCUGAGAUCCGACAUUUGCUGGAACGAGUUGAACAAGUGGUCAGAGAAAAAGAGAAGCUACGCUCAGACCUGGACAAAGCUGAGAAGCUCAAGUCCUUAAUGGCUUCAGAAGUGGACGAUCACCAUGCAGCCAUAGAACGGCGAAAUGAGUACAACCUCAGGAAACUGGAUGAAGAGUACAAGGAACGCAUAGCAGCCUUAAAGAAUGAGCUCCAAAAAGAGAGAGAGCAGAUCCUGCAACAGGUGGGCAAGCAGCGUCUAGAACUUGAGCAGGAAAUUGAGAAGGCCAAAACGGAAGAGAACUACACCCGGGACCGCCUUGCUCUCUCUUUAAAGGAAAACAGUCGUCUGGAAAAUGAGCUGCUGGAAAAUGCAGAGAAGCUGGCAGAGUACGAGAAUCUAACAAACAAACUUCAGCGGAAUUUGGAAAACAUGAUAGCAGAAAAGUUUGGUGACCUUGAUCCCAGCAGUGCUGAAUUCUUUCUGCAAGAGGAGAGGCUGACGCAGAUGAGGAGCGAGUAUGAGCGGCAGUGCAGGGUAUUACAAGACCAAGUAGACGAACUCCAGUCUGAGCUGGAAGAAUACCGUGCACAAGGCAAAGUGUUCAAGCUCCCCUUGAAGAACUCACUGUCAGAAGAACUGGAUGUUAACAACAGUGGCCUUGAGCCCGGUCAGGGGCUUGAGUCUGAAGAGUGCAAUCCAUUGAAUAUGAGCAUCGAGGCAGAGCUGGUGAUCGAGCAGAUGAAAGAGCAACACCACAGGGACUUGUGUUGCCUAAGACAGGAGCUGGAAGAUCAAGUGCACCAUUAUGAAGAGCGGCUGGCUGAGACCCGGGUCACCUGGGAAAAGGAGCAGGAGACCAUGAAGGAAAACUAUGAGCAUGGUACGCACACCUUGAAACAACAGAUAAGUGACCUGAGGAGAGAAAUCACAGAACUGCAGGGGCAGGCGGAGGUGCUAAAGGACAUACACCACGAGACCAGCCUCAGGCAUGAGGUGGAGAAGAAACAACUGCAAACAGCAUUUGAGGAGGAAAAGACUCACCUUCGGGAGGAGCUGAGGCUGCAGCACCAGCUGGAGCUCCAGGCCAGGCUGCAGCAGGUGGAGGAGGGCUUCAGCCAGGAGAGGGAAGGACUCCGGAGCAGCUCCUGGACGGAGGAGAGGGUGCGGGGCCUGAUGCAGGACCUGGAGCGGGCACACCGGGAGCAGCUGCAGAACCUGGGGGAGAAGCACGAGCUUGAGAAAGAGGAGCUGAGGGAAGAGAUGGAAACAGAGUGUAAUAGAAGAGCCUCUCAGAUAGAAGCCCAGUUUCAGGCUGACCGUGAGAGAGUCGCUGCGAGGUGUGAGAACGCGCUGCAAAGCCUGGAGGGGCGCCACCGCCGAGAGCUGCAGGACCUGCGGGAACAGCGGCGGGAGGAGAGAUCCCAGUGGGAAUUUGAGAAGGACGAGCUGGCCCAGGAGUGCGCGGAGGCACAGGAACGGCUGAAGGAGACGCUACAGAGAGAGCAAGCUACCUCUCUGGUCCUGACCCAAGAGAGGGAGAUGCUGGAGAAGACAUACAAAGAACACCUGAACAGCAUGGUGCUGGAGAGAGAGCGGCUGCUGCAAGACCUGGAAGAGCUCCGGAAGGUGUCCGAGAGGCAGCGGAGCCUGCUGUCCAGCCAGAUCCUCGAGCUGAAGAGUAGUCACGAGCUAGAACUGCGGGGCCGAGAGCAGGUGCUGUGCCAGGUGGGGGCCUCGGAGCAGCUGGCCAGCUGGCAGCUGGAGAGGCUACGUGAGGAACAUGACUGGGAGAAGCAGGAAAUGCUGAGCAGGCUAGCGGCCGUGGAGAGCGCGCACUGCGCCACCCGUGAGAGGGCAGAGCGACAGCGGGCAGAGAUGGGCGCGGAGAUCCGCAGGCUCCGGGAGGAGGUAGAGGACCUGCAGCGGGCAGCAUCUCCCGCCUCCGGGCUUCAGGGCGGCUGCCAGGCGAGCGGAAGGGAGGAGGCCGAAGGAGAUGGAGCCCUGUCCCUGGUUCAGCAAGGGGAGCAGCUGCUGGAGGAAAACGGAGACGUCCUCCUGAGCCUGCAGAGAGCCCACGAACGCGCAGUGAAGGAGAACGUGACAAUGGCUGCUGAGAUUUCCAGACUGCAACAGAGGCUGCAAAAACUAGAGCCCGAGUCACUAAUGUCAUCCUGUUUAGAGGAGCCAGCUACUGAGCCUUUUGGAAAUUCUGUGGAAAAAUCAGAGCCUUUCUCGUUGCAAAAUCGAAUGAAGCGAGUAGAUGGUGGAACUACGAGGCCCGUCCUAAAUGACCUGCAGGUCGAUGAGGCCCGGGACCUGGGAAGUACUGAGACGAGCUCGGCUCAGAGACAGGGGCUCAAGACUGAAGUGUCUGAAGCCUCCAUGGAGAGUUUUUCCGAGCUUGAAAACAGUGAAGAGACCAGGACUGAAUCCUGGGAUCUUAGAAAUCAGAUUAGUCAGCUUCAGCAGCAGCUGGUGAUCUUACGUGCAGAUUGUGACCGAGCCUCUGAAAAGAAGCAGGACCUGCUUUUUGAUGUUUCUAUACUAAAAAAGAAACUGAAGAUGCUUGAGAGAAUUCCAGAGGCGUUUCCCAAGUAUAAGUUGUUGUAUGAAGAUGCUAGCAGAGAAAACGACUGCCUUCAGGAAGAGCUGAGAGUGAUGGAGACUCGCUACGACCAGGCUCUGGAUAGCAACAAAGAGCUCACUGCAGAAGUGUUCCAGUUGCAGGAUGAGCUAAAGAAAGCGGAAGACAUGACCGAAACAUACCUUAGCCUGGAAAAGAGUUAUGAUGAGGUCAGAACAGAAAACAAAGAGCUGAAUGUUCUGGUUUUGAGGCUCCAAGGGAAGAUUGAGGAGCUGCAGGAAAGAGCAGUCCUGCAGUGUGACGACUCCUUCUGGGAAGCCCGUUUGGACAACCUGGAGGUCGAAGCUGCAGAACAGGUUCUAGAACUCAGUCAGAGGCUGGAAAAGGGCAUGCCCAAGGUUAUGAGAGUACACCACAUUAUAGAAGAAUGCAAACAAGAAAACCAGUGCCUUGAGCAGGGAGCCACGCAGCUCUUAGAAAAAGUCAAAACACAUGAAAUUGCCUGGUUGCACAGAACAGUUGAGACACAUCAAGAAAAGCCCAGAACACAGAAUCAGGUUAUCCUAGAGGGAAACUCUGCUCUCCUGGGCCUUCAAGACAAACAUUCUCAACGUCAGGCCACAAUAGCAGAGUUAGAAUUGGAGAAACAAAAGCUACAGGAGCUGACUAGAAAGCUGAGGGAGCGAGUCACUACAUUAGUUAAGCAAAGAGAUGUCCCUUGUCAAGCGGAGAAGGAGGAAGAGCUGAAGGCCAUGAUGCAUGACUUGCAAAGCACAUGCAGUGAGAUGCAGCAGAAAGUUGAAGCUCUCAGAUAUGAAUCUGAAAAGCUUCAAGAGGAAAAUUCUAUUUUGAGAAGUGAAAUUACUACUUUAAACGAAGAAGAUAGCGUUUCUAACCUGAAAUUAAAUGGAUCUCAGGAAGAACUGUGGCAGAAAAUAGAAACUGUAGAACAGGAAAAAGUGGAAAUUCAGAAGAUGGUUGAAAAUUUAAAGAAACAGAUUUCAGAUUUGAAAAUCAAAAACCAACAGUUGGAUUCAGAAAAUAUAGAACUUAGCCAAAAGAAUUCUCAAAACCAGGAAGAACUGCAAGAACUUAAUCAACGUCUGGCAGAAAUGCUAUGCCAGAAGGAAAAAGAGCCAGGAAACAGUACAGUCAAGGAAUGGGAACAAGAAAAGUCUAAUCUGAAAAAAGAGCUAGAACACUAUAAAGUACAGUCUUCCACUUUGGUGUCUUCUCUGGAAGCAGAACUUUCUCAGGUGAAAAUACAGACCCACGUUGUGGAGCAGGAAAACCUCCUUCUCAAAGAUGAACUGGAGAAAACGAAACAACUGCACAGGUGUCCUGACCUCUCAGACUUCCAGCAAAAAAUUUCUAGUGUUCUAAGUUACAACGAAAGACUGCUGAAAGAAAAAGAAGCUCUAAGUGAAGAACUAAAUAGCUGCGUGGAAGAGUUGGCAAAAACAAGGCAUUUAGAGCACAAAAUGGCUGCCAUGAAGCAGGAACAGAAAUCUUGGGAGCACCAGAAUGAGACCCUAAAGUCACAGCUGGCAGAGUCGCAAGAAAAGGUUCGGGAUCUAGAAGAUACGCUGCAGAAUAUCAACCUUCAAAUGUCCCGAGUCAAAUCUGACCUUCGAGGGACUCAGCAGGAGAAGGAAGCUUUAAAACAAGAAGUAAUAUCUUUACAAAAACACCUUCAGAAUGCUAAUGACAAGAACUGGGCCUCAGAAACAGCCACGCAUCAGGCAGGGCCCCAGAGCCAGCAGAAACAGCUGUCUUGGGAAAAGCCGGGUCACCUGAUGAAUGAGGAGCAGCAACUGCUCUGGCAGGAGAAUGAGAGGCUGCAGAGCGUGGUGCAGAACACCAAAACAGAGCUCUCGCACUCCAGGGAGAAGGUCCGUCAGCUGGAAUCCAGCCUUCUUCCCCUUAAGCACCAAAAACUUUUAAACCCAUCAGGUACUGUGAAACCUACAGAGCAAGAAAAGUUGAAUUUAAAGAGAGAGUGUGAACAGUUUCAAAAAGAACCAUCUCCCGCUCAUAGGAAGGUCAGUCAGAUGAAUGCCCUUGAACAAGAAUUAGAAACAAUUCAUUUGGAAAAUGAAGGCCUGAAAAAGAAACAAGUGAAACUGGAUGAGCAGCUAGUGGAGAUGCAGCAUCCGAGGUCCACUGUGAUGCUUAGCCCGUCCCCUCCUUGGGACCUGCAGCCGCUCCAGCAGCAAGCCUGCCCGGUGGUCCCCAGGGAGCAGUUUCUCCAGCUUCAACACCAGCUGCUGCAGGCGGAAAGGAGAAACCAGCACCUGCAGGAGGAACUUGACAACAGGGCCUCUGACACCAACAUGCCACAGGGAAGCCAGGAACAACUGGUAACACUCAUGGAAGAACGGAUGAUAGAAGUUGAACAAAAACUGAAAUUAGUGAAGAGGCUUCUUCAAGAGAAAGUGAAUCAGCUCAAAGAACAACUCUGCAAGAAUACUAAAGCAGAUGCAGUGGUGAAGGAUUUGUAUGUUGAAAAUGCUCAGUUGUUGAAAGCUCUGGAAAUGACUGAACAGCGACAGAAAACAGCAGAGAAGAAAAAUUACCUCCUAGAAGAGAAGAUUGCCAGCCUCAGUAAUAUAGUCAGGAAUCUGUCACCAGCACCCUUGACUUCUACACCUCCUUUGAGGUCAUAGCCACACCAAAAGAUGCACUUGUAUAUGUGCACUUUGCUGAAAUAGGUGGAACAUUUCAGUAGGUUCCCUUAACUCUCUUUAAAAAAACAAACAAACAAAACCUUUUAAGGGCUUAAAAUUAAAACUAAGCCUAAGUCUGCCAGCACCAGAAUUGGAGUCUCCAUUCAUUAUAGUUAGUUUUUAAAAUAGACUCUUGUGGGAAUUCCAACAAUCACAUAUUUCACUGUUUAUUCAAAAGCUCUGAAUUUAUUUUUUACGUAUUCUCCUGGUAGCUACCAAGAAGAUAAAUAUGUAAAACAAUUUAAGAACCUUAAAAAUCCCAUUUCAGUGGUUUUUUUUUAGAAAUCACUAUUAUAUACCAACUGUGUAGAGUCUGGAUAUUUUCUAAGUUUGAGACCUGAUUAGAAUGAUUAUUAAGAACUUUAUUUUAAAAUCAAAUUUAGGUGUUACACAUUUAAACACUGAAAAGUCAUUCUGGUUAUCAUAGUUUGGGAUUUUUUUUAAUUGAUUAGUAGAGUGUAAUUGAGUCUGAUAAGAAAAGACUGGGCUUGGUAACCAAUGAGGUCAGGAAAGCCCAAGUUUGUAGAACUCUACCUUCUGACACCUACUACUACUCGUGAUGCGUUAUAGAUUUAGAACUGAUACACUUAAACUAUAGUUGAGUAUUACUACCCUUGGUGUAUUAUAGAUUUAGAACUGAUUGACUCAAGUGCACUCUUAACUAAUGUUAAAGCUUUACUUUCUUUAAACAGCCUUUUUCUUCCUCCUCUUAGAAGUUUCAUUUGGGACCUUGUCUUCUAAGAAAUGGAUAAAGCCACAUUCUUAAAACAUCUGAACUAUAGGGAGAGCAUUGAACGAAUCACUUUGGAGUAAACAGCCACAUGCAGACCACGGGGGUUUUCCUAUGUCUAAGGUCUUGGAAUUCAUGGACUGACCUUUGAGGAUGCCUCAAGAACUCAGGGAACAAUUCUUUAUACUCUUCCUGAACUACUGUUGGGCUUCUCUAAGAAUUUGGAAUGUAUAAACUGUAUGAUCUUAUUUAUUUGUUUUAUAUAUUUACAGCCAUAGAAUUUUUAUUUCUCUAUUUUAGUGCAUUUAACUGUCUGAAAAAGGCCUUGAUCCUUAGAGGUGAAAAUUUCUUCUAAUAUAGAAGAGUUUUUAUUGUUUGUUGAAGACAGGUCAAAAUCUCCGUGCUUCUUACCUUCCUAUACCUCACAUCUAAUCGCAGGAGUUUCUUCUGUGAUAAGCAUCGGCAUGCCAUUUGUGGGAAAGGAGUACAAAAUAGGACUUUCCAUCCAUUCCCAAGAUGAGAACUUAUGACACAGUGAAUAUUUUAGACUGGAUAACACACCACUUGCCUCCUCCCAAUUAAAAUCGCCACUUCUAGCCCACUCCCUCCAGCAAUUAGUGGACUUGCAAGAUGCAGGACACUACUGAAGCUCAUCAUAUCCACCUGCUUGUUUUCACAAGACAGUAGUAGUUACAUCAGAAAAUUUCACUUUGAUGUACUCCAGGAAGAUCAAACCCAUCUAUUUACAGGAGGUAUAAACAGAAUAACCAAAUACUGCUUUAUCAGCAGGAACAUGAGAUAAAGCAAACUGCCUAAGAAGUCUUACAACUUCUGAACUUCAGUCUCAACAAAACAGUUUCCAUCAAGGAACUUCUUUCUCCCUCAGGGCCUAACCCCCUGCUGUCAGUCCCAGCUGCCAGUCCAGGGAUCCUCACUGUACAAGUCCCUGACAAGGCCCUACCGUUCGUGGGACUAGGAGUUCAUAAUGGUGAAGGAGACAUUUCACUUUUUCCAUGUCCUUCUUAUCCCGUGGAUAAAGAAUUUUAAUUCUUCCCUAUAAUUACUCUUCAAAAUAUUUGACAUCUGCUAUUACAUCUUCUCUAAAUCUUUCAUCUCCAAUACACACAUUCCUACCAUGUAAACUCAAUUACUUGUAUGGCACUGGCUUUAAUAGAAAAUUUUUUCUUAAAAUUCUGAAUACACCUAGGUCAAGGCCAAGGUAAAAACUAAGCAUCUGUGGUGUGUUUAAAUGAUUGCUUCAGGUUACUCAUGGUUAUUACCACUGAAACUGAACACAAAGCAUAUUUCCCAAGUAGCUGGCUUAGCAUGUGAUCACGUUUAUUAUAUUUAUUUUUUAUAUUAGGAAAAGUAUGGGUCAAUUUGUUUCCUAUAAAUUUGUAUUUAUUUAUAUAUAAAAUGCUGUACAAUAAAUGUAAGUAUGACUUUUUGGAAAGUUCUAGACAUUUAGAUUAUGUUUAUCCAAAAUUAAAGUACUACUCAAAUGAAAGUUAACUUAGCCAAUAGGUAGUUUGUUGCUUUUACCUAUGAACAAAUUGGGGGCAGAAAAUCAACAUGAGAAGUAUCAGACAUAGCUUAAAUUUAUAUAUUUGUGCAACAGUUUAUUUUUGAGAGUUUAGAGUGGGAGUUUAACUGCCCAUUUAUAAUAUAGCUAUGGCUUUUAAGAUACUUUGAAGAUAUUAAAUUAUGUUUAGAUUUUGCUUUCAGACUUAAAUGGCACUCUUCAAGUUAUAUAUUUUAUAGGAAUUCAGAUUUUUUAUUAAAAGAACUGUUUGUUAAAUAAUUACUAUUAGAUUAAAAUAAGCUUAAGAUUUUCCUGUAAGAUCAGAUCUUCAUUUAAAGGAAAAAAUCAAAUUUACCUUAGAAAUAAUAUAUUACACAAGAAGAGGAAAAUAUGGAUGAUAAAACCUCCAUUAUCCUAUUUUACUUUCUUCCACUUUUUAAAAGUCUGGGCUCUUAAGCUCAAGUUUGUGAAGGGAGAGAAGUAGGAAGGGUAGAACCAACCACAGUAUUUUGUUUUAUUUAUUUUUCUAAAACUCUUAUUAAAUCCAGACCUUGAAAACUGUUUUAAAUAUGAACCCUUCCCAAGAGCUUCAAUACACUGUUAUAUAUUCAACCAGCAGCAUAUUUUACAUAAAUAGAUCGUGAAGUCAUGGGCUUUCAGGGUAUAGGAAGAGUUCUUACAAGUCUAGUAUAUCAAAAAUGCGCCAAUGCCCAGGGCAGGAAUUAUUUUGAGGAACCGUUUUGUUUUAAGAAAUGAAUAAGGCUUUAUGUCAGACUUUGGCUUUUUAACAUGUGAAAAAUGAAUUUGUAAUUUGAAUUUCUCUUUUUAUUUUGCUUUGUGAAGAAAAAGAAAUACACUGCUAUCGUCGGGUAUUCCCAAUCAAGACAGGUCUAAGUGCUUUGUAAUACUGUAGUAUGAAGCAACCAUGUUUUGAAUGGAUUACCUGUAAUGAAUGACUGAUUGGAAUGAUGUAAUUAUACAAGCAAUGCUAAAAACCAAAUCAAAGCCUAACAACCAAAGCAUUCAUAUUUAAAAUAUAUCCUGUUUGGGCCUAUUUGAACAUUUCAGCACUGAAAAAUAAUUUUUAUUUUGUGCCCUAGGGAUAAUUGUUUGAUAACAUCAAAGUUAGCUUUUUUGUUUUUUACCUUUUUGAAUGAUACAAGUUAAAUUUGUUCUUACUUGGGGAGACAUUAUCACAGCAUGAUUUAAGGGGACAUUAGUUUGGGGAAGGAAAACCUGAGUUCACCUACAUUCAUCUCUAGAAUUUGGUUCCCAUACAGAAUAAUGUAUAUGUGUUUAUAUUAGCUUUGUAUAUUUCAUCUUAGCCAUUGUAUCCGAAAAAGAUUUUAAUGUGAGUCUAAAUGUAAAUAAUUUUCCAACUAUGCCUCUUGUUUUCUAUAUAUCCUAGAAUUUAUAAACACUUUCACUGUGUU